AUGCCAGCAGAGACCUCAUCACCCGUGGAUCAAGCUACAUUGGACGCCGUAGCAGCCUUACAACAGUUAUCGCAAGACCCUUCUAACAAAAACGACCAAGAAACAAAGCUCGUCUGCAAAUGGGAGGAUUGUGGCCGUGUUUUCCCUGAUCAUUCCAGUUUCAAAACUCACCUGUCUGAAGAUCACGUGGGAUGGAAACGGAAUGAAUAUUGCUGCCAGUGGUCCCAUUGUCCGCGACAAAAUGUCAAAUGCCAUAAUCGAUUCACGCUCAUGAUGCAUUUACGUAUACACACUGGAGAAAAGCCAUAUGAAUGUCCACAUGAGGGAUGCGAUCAAAGCUUUGGAAGAUUGGAUGCUUUAACAAGACAUCGACGAGCUGAACACAAUGAAGAGAUUGCGUAUCCAUCAUCAUCAACAGCACCAUCGGCAUCAUCACCCUUAAAACGGAAACGUGACAAGGCAUCGAAUCCAGUAGCAGCAACAACAGCAGCACCUGCAUCGACUGAACUUUCAGAUGCUUCAGAUAUGGAACAAUCAGACAUGGAUUAUCAGCACGAAUACAAGUUGGCCAAAGCCAAGUUACGUUACAGCUUAAGGGAACGGGAGCUUCUUCAUGAAGAAUUGGAAACAACGCAUCGCUCCUUACAAAGACUGCAAACCGAGCGAAGGGUGUUAUUGAGUGCGUUAAUGACUGCAGAAGGAAUCAAGAACUUUGUCGUUGAUAGUGGAGAAGAUAAUGACGAUGAUGAGGAUGAUAUUAUCAGCGAUAUUCAAUCAGCCAAAAAGUCACUUAGGAUACAGCAGGAUCAAGUAGAAUCAUUACGUCUGUAA